AUGAAAGGGGUAAUAAAAAUAAAAGCAAAAAAAAAGCAUCCAAAACUUGAAGAUGUGAAUGACAAAGAAUUACAUGAAUUUAAGGAGAUUGAAAAAGAAAAUGAAAAAGAAUUGAACGAUUUUAAAAUAAAAGAAAAUGAAGAUGAAAAAAAGUUAAAUACUUAUAUAAUAAAAAGUGAGAAUGAAAAAAGAAUAAAUGAUUUUAAAAUAGAUGAGGAUAAAAAUGAAAAAGAAUUAAAACAUUUUAAAAUAAAAAUUGAUAAAAAUGAAAAAAAAAUAAAAGAAAAUAACAUUAAGAAAAAUGAGAAUGAAAAAAAAUUAAAUCAAUUUAAAAUGAAUAUAAAAGAUCAAGAUAAUAUAAAUCUAUAUGAUAAUAACCUUAACAAUGAUUAUAAUAAUGAUAGUAAAAGUAUGUUUUACGAUAAAAUAAAUAACAGUAAUUCAAAGUACACAUUUUUAAAAGAAAAUGUGAAUUGUAAAAUUGAAAAAGAAAUAAUAAAUGAUAAAAAAUAUAAUUUAAAUAAUUAUGAUGAUGAACAUUUUUCAGGACUUGUUGUUAAAAGUAAAAUGCAUGAAAAAAAAAUAUAUGAAAAUUCUAAAAAUGUAAAUAAUUUAAAUGAGAAAUGGAAAUUAUUACCUGCAUAUUUAAAAGUAAAAGGUUUAGUCAAACAACAUAUUGAAUCUUAUAAUUAUUUUAUAAAAAGUGAAAUAAAAACGAUAAUGAAUGCAACUACAAAUAAAAUUAUAAAGUCAGAUAUUGAUGAACAUUUUUAUGUAGAAUUUCUGGAUAUUAAUGUUGGAAUCCCAUCAAUAGAAGAAAAUAUGAUUGAAACUAAUUUAACCCCUCAAAUUUGCAGGCAGAGGGACUUAACAUACUCUGCCCCUAUAUACGUAGAUGUUGAAUAUGUGAAAGGAAAUAGUAUAAUUACGAAAAAUAAUGUAGAAAUAGGUAGGUUACCUGUGAUGUUAAGAAGUGAUAUAUGUGUAUUAAAUAAUAAAAAUGAAGAAGAAUUGAUGAAACUAGGUGAGUGCCCAUAUGAUCCAGGUGGAUAUUUUAUAGUUAAAGGAACAGAAAGAGUUUUAUUAAUGCAAGAACAAUUAUCAAAAAAUAGGAUUAUUGUAGAAAUGGAUAUUAAGCACAAUAUAUGUGCAACUAUAACUUCUACUACAGCAGAAUCAAAAAGUAGAUGUGCUAUUGUUUAUAAAAAUAACAAAUUAUAUUUAAAACAUAACUCAUUUAUUGAUGAUAUUGGUGUUUGUAUUAUACUAAGGGCAAUGGGAUAUGAAAGUGACCAAGAAAUAUUUCAAAUGAUAGGAUCUCAAGGAAAAUAUUUAAAUGGGAUUUUAUUAUCAUUAUAUGAAUUAUAUACUGAAAAUAUUAAAACUAAUUUAGAUGCUUUGCUAUACAUAGGAAAGAAAAUUAGGCCAAGGUUGUUAGCCAAAGGAUUUUUCAGUUCAAUGAAAGAAAAGCAAGUUAAAAAUGAAAAAGACAUAAUUGAAGAAGGUCUGGACUUCUUAAGUAGAGUUUUAUUAUCUCAUAUUCAACAAAAGAGUAAAUAUGAUUUUCGUAAUAAAGCUAGAUGUAUAUGCUUAAUGAUUAGAAGAGUUUUAGAUAGUGCUAAUAAUAAAAAUGAAAUAGAUGACAAAGAUUAUUACGGGAAUAAAAGAUUAGAGUUAGCAGGUCAAUUGAUAUCUUUAUUAUUUGAAGAUUUGUAUAAAAGAUUUUAUUUUACUUUAAAAAAGCAAAUUGAUCAAACACUAAGUAAAUAUAUGCAAAGCAAUUAUAAUUCCAAAUUAAAAAAUAAUGGAAAUAUUAAUGACAAUUAUCCGGAUGUUUUUAGAAACUUACCCAAAGACAUAAUAACAAGAGGAAUGCAAACAGCUAUAUCUACAGGUAAUUGGAAUAUUAAAAGAUUUAAAAUGGAAAAAAGUGGAGUUUCUCAAGUUUUAUCUCGUUUAUCUUUUAUUGCUUGUAUUGGAAUGAUGACAAGAUUAAAUUCUCAAUUUGAAAAAGGAAGAAAAGUCAGUGGGCCCAGAGCUUUGCAACCUUCUCAAUGGGGAGUUUUGUGUCCAUGUGAUACCCCGGAAGGUGAAUCUUGCGGUUUAGUUAAGAACUUAGCAUUAAUGACUCAUGUUACAAAUGAUAAUGAAAAUAACGAGAAUUUAAUUGAAAUAUUAUAUACAUUAGGUGUAGAAGAUAGUGAUAGUCUAACAGGGGAAGAAAUUUAUAAAGAAGGAGUAUUUUUUGUUAUUUUAAAUGGUAUAUUUUUAGGAGUUCAUAAAAGACCUAAAAAAUUUAUGAAAAGAAUAAGAUAUUUAAGAAGAUAUGGAAAAAUAGGGCAAUUUGUUUCUAUAUAUGAUAAUUUUUUACAUAACGCUAUAUAUAUAUCAACAGAUGGAGGAAGACUAUGUAGACCUUUAAUUAUUGUAGAGAACGGGAAAUCAAAAUUAUUGCCAGAACACAUUAAAUCUUUAGAGGAUGGAAAAAUCAAUUUUUUUGAUUUAUUAAAAAGUUCAGUAAUUGAAUGGAUUGAUGUUAAUGAACAAAAUAAUUUAUUAAUAGCUCUAAAUGAAUCGGAUAUAACAUCAAGCACUACUCAUUUAGAAAUAGAUCCAUUAACUAUUUUAGGAGUUGUAGCUGGUUUAAUUCCUUAUCCUAAUCAUAACCAAAGUCCUAGAAAUACCUAUCAAUGUGCUAUGGGAAAACAAGCUAUUGGUGCAAUUGGUUAUAAUCAGUUUGUUAGGUGUGACACAUUACUAUAUUUACUAGUGUAUCCUCAAAAGCCAUUGGUUAAAUCAAAAACAAUUGAGUUUAUUAAUUUUGAAAAAUUGCCAGCAGGACAAAAUGCAAUAGUCGCUGUUAUGAGUUUUUGUGGUUAUGAUAUUGAAGAUGCCAUUGUUAUGAAUAAGUCUUCUAUUGAUAGAGGUUUUGGUAGAUGUAUGUCUCUAAGAAAGCAUUCUGUUGAAUUAAAAAAAUAUUUCAAUGGAUCUAAUGAUAUUGUUUUACCUUCUCCAUUAGUAAUUAAUAAGUUGCAGCAACAAAAACAAGAGCAGCAACAGCAAUUAGAAAAAAACAAAGACAUAUCUUCGAAAACAGAAAAUAUAAAAGGGAACAAUACGAAAAGUAUGUUAAAUAUAAAUAAGGAUGAUUUUAAAAAUAAUACAAAUAAAGAGAUUAAAAAAUAUCAUUCCUUAGAUAUGGAUGGUGUUGCUUCUAUUGGAUAUUUAAUAAAAGAAGGACAAGUGUAUGUUAAUAAAUUUUCACCAAAGAAUAUAAAAGAUCAUGUUAAAGAUAUAGGAAAGAUAGACAUAAAUGAUUUUAAAUUAAAUGAAACUAAAUAUAAAAGCGUUUAUCCUUCGUAUAUAGAUAAAAUUAUUUUUACAGAAAACUCAGAGGGGUUAAAAAUAUACAAAAUUAUUAUGCGCCAAACAAGAUUACCUGAACUAGGUGAUAAAUUUAGCUCAAGACAUGGGCAAAAAGGAGUAGUUGGUUUACUAGUAAAUCAAGAAGAUAUGCCAUUUACUGAAUCAGGUAUAUGCCCAGAUUUAAUUAUGAAUCCUCACGGUUUUCCUUCUAGAAUGACAGUAGGAAAACUUCUUGAACUCGUUGCCUCAAAAUCAGCAGUGAUGGAUGGAGAAUUUAAAUAUGGUUCUAUUUUUAGUGGUACACCGUUUGAACAAGUAGCUAAAAUUUUAUUUAAAUAUGGAUUUAACUGUUCAAGCAAAGAGCUGUUAUAUUCAGGAUUAACAGGAGAACCAUUAGAAACUUACAUUUUUAUGGGACCAAUAUAUUAUCAAAAGUUAAAACAUAUGGUUCAAGACAAAAUUCAUGCUAGAGCAAGAGGGCCUAGGCAAUUGUUAACAAGACAGCCUACUGAAGGAAGAUCAAAAGAAGGUGGAUUAAGAUUAGGAGAAAUGGAAAGAGAUUGUUUAAUUGCUUAUGGAGUUAGCAAUUUAUUGCUAGAAAGAUUAAUGUUAAGUAGUGAUGUAUGUGAUGUUUAUAUUUGUGAAGGGUGUGGUAUGAUGGGAUAUGAUUUAUAUUGCACUUUUUGCAAGAAAUGUGACAAAAACGUUGUAGUUAAAAUGCCUUAUGCUUGCAAAUUGCUUUUUCAAGAACUACAAACAAUGAAUGUAUUUCCAAAAAUAAUAGUGAAAGAGUCAUAG